AUGUCGUUGGCGUGCACCGCAAAAGCAGACGACGCGUUCGGGCCCACCAUUACCGGGGCAUGCCGACAAGGAUUCGACUUCACUCUCCUCUUUGAACAGUCCAUCCUACAGAUCGCGCCUUGUGCCAUCUUACUACUCCUCGUUCCAAUCCGAGCAGCUCACCUAAGGAAACAAAAUGUCAAGGUCCUCCGCAAUGGAGCUCAGACGAUCAAGCAGGUCGCCAUCGCGGUGUUGGCCAUUACGCAGCUUUUGCUCCUUAUCAUGUGGAGCGUAACGCCGAUGUAUCGGACGAGGACGUCAAUCCCAGCAGCCACGAUAUCGUUUCUGGCCUCGCUAUCACUUCUGUACUUGUCGAGCAUCGAGCACGCGAAGUCUGUGCGGCCUAGUACUCUGAUCAACAUCUGGGUGCUUUUCUCCUUGAUCCUCGACCUGCCUCAGACGAGGACGUUAUGGCUCCGCGCUGGACCGCGAGCAUUGCCUGGCACUUUCACAGUUGGCGUCGCAGCGAAGGCUAUUGUUUUGUAUCUGGAGGCACGCAGUAAAAGAAGAUCGCUCAUUCCGGCUUACAGACUGUACGCCCCGGAAUCUCUGGUCAAUUUGUAUGAUAGGACUGCACUCUGGUGGCUGAACCCUCUGUUUUGGACAGGCUACAAGGGCUAUCUUUCCACCGAUAAGCUCUUUACUGUGGACGCUGAUCUUGGCGCUGAAUCUGUGCAGGAUGCCUUUGAAGCAGCGUGGGCGCAACAUGCCCGACGCCAGAGAUGGCGCGCCCUGCUGGCAGUCUUCAACUGUUUUCGGGGUGACUUUUUCGCGAUCGCAGCUCCCAGACUCUGCUUGAGUGCUUUAAAGUUAUGCCAACCACUGCUCAUUGCUCGAAUCACUAGCCUACUCAGCACAGGAUUUACUGGCCGCGACGACAACUAUGGACGAGGCCUCAUUGGAGCUGCUGCUCUGAUCUAUACUGGAAUCGCGAUCACUACAGCACUGUACCAGAGGCAACUUCACCGUCUGAUCACCAAGCUACGCGGCUCAGUCAUCGCCGCAGUGUACGCAAAAAUGCUCAGACUCGACUCAACGAAGCUCAACGACAACGCCGCUUUGACUUUAGUCACUGCGGACAUCAUGAGAGUGUGCAACUCUCUGAAACAGAUUGAUGACCUCUUUGCCACACCUAUUGAGAUCGGUGUGGCUAUUUAUCUGCUCAAACGUCAGAUUGGAGUCUCUUGUGUGGCACCGGUAGCAAUAUCCCUGGUCAUGACCACUAUCAGCUUUUUCAACUCCAACACCGCAGUACCAAUGCAAAAGAGCUGGCUACAAGCCGUAUCGGACCGUGUUGCUAUGACAUCGUCCGUCCUUGGAUUUGCGAAAGCGUUCAAGAUGAUGGGACUCACAGAACACUUCACGGACACGAUCCAGCACAUGCGCGUUCUAGAGCUCGAGAAAUACGCCGAGUACAGGAAGUACGUGACCUGGCGAAACGUCUUCGCACACGUUCCUGAGGCAGUCGCGCCUCCACUGACCCUUAUGAUGUUCGUACUUUUGGAGGGCCGACGAGCACUUGAUCCUUCGACAGCAUUCACAUCAUUGGCGCUUGUAGCACUGUUGACCUCACCAAUACAGGAGCUGAUCCAUGCUGUACCCCAGUUCCAGACAGCAAUAGCAAGUCUCGAUCGGGUGCAAGACUUCCUUCUACUUGGUGAAGAUACUGCCAUAGUAUCACAGGCUACCGACGAGAUCGACACCACCAGGAAUCCGGACCCAGUCACUUCGUCUGAGCCUACGGCGAUAAAAGCCAGACCCAAGGAUGACAUCGGCGUGUCUACUGUGCUGAGCUUGGCCAAUGUGUCUGUGUUGCUUGGAGCCGACCAGCAACGAGUUCUGCACAAUAUCACCAUCGACCUCAAACGGAGGAGAACACACUUACUUGUGGGCGCGGUCGGCAGCGGAAAGUCUGUGCUUCUAAAAGCGAUCCUGGGAGACCUGCCAUUCUCACAUGGAGAACGUCGCUUGCGCUCGCGAGAUGAGGGUAUGGCUUUCUGUGCGCAGGAUGCGUGGCUUCCCAACGAUACUGUCAGAUCACUGCUCAUUGGACAGUCAGACUUCGAUUGUAUAUGGUACAGUACCGUUGUGUCAGCUUGUGCUUUGACAUCAGACAUCGGUUCGCUGCCUCAAGGCGAUGAAACCCUCGUCGGCACCAAAGGCGUGUCACUCAGCGGCGGGCAACGGCAACGCUUAGCACUUGCUCGAGCUCUAUACUCACGCAAGGAAAUUAUUGUGGCGGACGAUGUUCUCAGUGGUCUGGACGCCAAUACUGCAGCUCAGGUCUUCUCGCGCGUGUUCGGACCACAUGGUCUUUGCAAGGCCAACGGAAUGGCCGCUAUCUUGGCGACACACAGCUCCCACUUCCUUACACAAGUUGACCAUAUAAUCGCGAUCGGCGCCGGGACCAUCAUUGAGCAAGGGACAUUUGAGGAGCUUGACACCAAGAAAGGCUACGUGCACGGCAUCAGUAUCGGGACCAAGCGUCUUGGUGGUAGCGAAGACCAUGAGAUUACUCCAGCGGAGCGUCCUGAACCAACAGCUCCGGACAAGAUCGACAUCGCAGGCCAAGAUCUCUCCCGCCGCAUCGGAGACCCAGCCGUGUAUGCCUACUACCUCAGGUCCAUCGGCUGGAAGCUAGGUAUACCAUUAGCAUUGACCAUCCUUGGCUUCGGCUUCGGCAUGAAGUUCCCUGACCUGUGGGUGAAGUGGUGGUCAGAAGCUGAAGCCUCGGGCCAUGGCCAGCACUCGCUAGCAUACUGGAUUGGGUUGCUGUUCUUCUUUGCCUCGAUCUCAGUCCUGUCUGGCGGCGCUCACAUCUGGACCAUGCUGGUGCAUGCCGUGCCGAGAAGUUCAGCACAUCUCCACAAGCAACUUCUGCAGGCGGUCAUGCGAGCGACCUAUGGCUUCUUCGUGAACACAGAUGCGGGUGUCACGCUCAACCGUUUCUCGAACGACAUGUCGCUCAUUGAGACCGAGCUUGCUGGUGCCUUCAUGCAGUUCACUGAUGGGGCCGUCGUGUGCUUGUUCGCCGGAGGACUCAUCGUGGCUGGUGCAGACUAUGCGGCCGCCACGAUACCCUUCGUUCUCGCAGCCCUCUACUGCAUCCAAAGGCUCUACUUGCGGACUUCAAGGCAGCUACGAUUCCUUGAGCUCGAAGCACAGGCGCCCUUACUCACGCACUGCUCAGAAACACUUGCAGGCGUUACCACGAUUAGGGCUUUCGGAUGGCAGCAUCAAUCACACCGCAAGCUGACUGAGUUGCUGGAUAGAUCGCAACGACCGUACUACCUCCUACUCUGUGUGCAGCGCUGGCUCGGCCUAGUCCUCGGUCUGGUCACAGCCGCAUUAGCCGUGGUCGUGGUAUCGAUGGCGAUGCUGCUACCACACACUUCGAGCGCCGGCUCCAUAGGAGUCUCGCUUCUCGGCAUCCUGGGCUUCACGUUCUAUAUUACGUAUGUCGUGCAGGCAUGGACGACAUUAGAGACCUCCCUUGGUGCGAUUGCGAGGUGUAAGAACCUUGAAGCUACAACACCUUCUGAAGACAAACCUGCAGAAGUGCAAGAGCCACCUGCUGACUGGCCGGCGGCUGGCAAGGUCGUGAUCAAGGGCCUUCGAGCUGCUUAUAACGCUGAUGAUCGAGAUGUCUUGCGGUCAUUUUCCCUUGCGGCAGCCGCUGGUGAGAAGAUCGGCAUCUGCGGUCGCUCCGGCAGUGGGAAGAGCUCGCUGCUAUUGACAAUCUUUCGACUGCUUGACUAUUCGUCGGGCAGCAUCGAGAUCGAUGGCAUUGACAUCUCAACGAUACCACGACAGACCGUCCGCAAAAGCUGUACUGCUUUGCCACAGGAGGCACUGACCUUUCCCGGCAGCGUGCUGGCCAACCUCGACCCACUCGGCAAGUCCACUUCAGAAGACGUCAAUAUUGUCCUUCGAAAGGUUGGACUCCUCGACAUCAUAACCUCACGAGGCGGUCUCCACAUCGACAUUAGCACUCUCAGUCUCUCGCAAGGACAACUGCAACUCUUCGCUGUUGCACGAGCUCUGCUGCGGAAGUCGAAACUUGUGGUGCUGGAUGAAAUCUCGAGCUCUGUGGAUGCCGCUACUGAGGAUUUGAUGAUCAAGCUUAUCAAGGAGGAGUUUGCCGAUAGCACGAUCAUUGCUGUUGCGCAUCGACUGAAGACGAUUAUUGCUUUCGACAAGAUUGUGGUCAUGGAUGGUGGGAGGAUCGUUGAGAGUGGCGCGCCUGCUGAUUUGCUUAGUAGGACUGGUGGGUAUUUCAAGGAUUUGUGGGAGAGGUCUUGUCAGUAG